GGUGAACUUAGCAGAGUGAAGAGUCUCACGAACCCCGAUGCUAAGAUGAGCAAAUCUGAGCCCAACCCUAAAAGCCGGAUUGAACUAACAGACUCAAAGGACGACAUCACAAAGAAGUUCAAGAAAGCCAAGACUGAUUUCACCGGGGCAGUGACCUUUGACCCUGUUAACCGACCUGGCGUUUCUAACCUCGUUGCAAUUCAUGCCGCUAUGAAAGACGUAUCACCAGAGGAAAUCUGCGAGGAGGCAAUAGGGCUGCAGACGGCAGAGUACAAGUUUGUAGUGGCAGAGGCUGUAAACUCAAAACUUGCACCGAUACGAGAAAGGAUAUUUGAGUUGAAGGAAGAUCCAUCAUAUAUUGAGAAUGUGUUAAAGAUUGGGGCAGAAAGAGCCAGUGUGAUUGCAGAACAGACGUAUAAUGAAGUCAAGAAGCUAGUUGGUCUUGUAUGACCUGAAACUCAUUAUCAACAGUCGUCAAACACAGGCUUUUUAUUAUUAUUCUGUACAGUAAAAAGAGACUGUAAGACAAUGGCAACAUUUGAGUUGGAAAAAAUAUAAAAUGUACACGAUACUCUUGCUUUCAUUGUUACUCUUUACCACCAUUCAACAAAAUAUAUUAUGUUAUUUACAAUUAUUUACCCAUACAAUUUAUAGGUUUACAAGAACCAAGAUAAUGCUUUUUUUAAACUAAGGGACAAUUUUUUGACUGGGAAUUAUUUCAGACAGCAACAAUCACCAAGCUGCAUUUUUAAUGGGAGACUUUUAGGACGCUUGGUGGCAGCAGACUUACCAGGUAAAAUCCAUUGUUCUCGGUCAUUUGCGC